AUGGGCGCCAACAAUUCUACGGUGUCGAGUACGUCGAUGGGCGGCAUGAUAGGAACCUUUUCAACGUCGACCAGGGUCACCCUCUUUUUCUCAGACUGGACGACCGACACACCUGCAAAGUACUUUGGGACACUGAUUUUUCUCUUCGUCGUCACACUUUUGAAUCGCUUCCUAGGCGCCUGGAGAAGCCAGCUCGGUCACAAGUGGGCAAACGAUGCUGCCGAUGCGCGGCGCAAAGUGGAGCAGCGGCGCGCGUACAAGCACGCCUUCAGUAGGGCCAAGGUUGAGCGGCAGUCCUCAGAGACGUGUUUCGAUGAAGAAGGGGCAGAAUCCUCGACGGAAAAGGCGCCGCUUUCACCUUAUCCGCUCGGAGUGGACGUCGAAGCUGGUGAGAAGAAGCGCGAUGGAACACCCAUGUACAUGGCCGUCUUUGGGGGACGCUGGCGAGCAGGGAACCCGUGGAGGGUAAACAUCGAUGUUCCGCGAGCUUUGCUGGAGGGCAUCAGGGCGCUGAUAGGGUAUCUUCUGAUGCUUGCUGUGAUGACGUUCAACCUCGGAUUCCUACUUGUGGUGAUACUUGGCAUUGUGGCAGGCGAGCUCAUUCUUGGUCGCUACAUAUCUGGCACGGGGUGGGAAGAAGGUGGGUGUCACGAUGGCUGA